GAACAAAGGCAUCGUCAACGAUCCCAUCGUGCUGACGGUCUAUGCUACUGGUGCACCUGAUCUCACCUUGAUCGAUUUGCCCGGUGUGACUCGGGUACCUUUGAAGGGCAGCGACCAGGUGGAGGACAUUGAAAAGAUCACUCGAGACAUGACGUUGCACUACAUCAAGGAUCCACGCACUAUCAUCCUGUGCGUGGUACCUGCCAAUCAGGACAUGUCUGUGUCGGAUGCGCUUCAACUGGCCCGGCAAGUUGACCCGAACGGGGUGAGGUCCAUUGGAGUCAUUACCAAGAUUGACAUCAUGGAUCAAGGCACAGAUGCCGUCAAGAUGCUACGAGGGGAAGAUAUCCCACUUCGUCUGGGAUAUGUAGGUGUGAAAAUGCGAAACCAGCAGGACAUCACCAGCAACAAACCAGUGAAGGUCUCCUUAAAGGAAGAAAGGGAGUGGUUCGACAAUCAUCGGCUUUACAACAAGCUGCCUCCAGGCUUGGUGGGCACCGACACCCUCAUUACGAAGCUUACUCAGAUUCUCUUCAAACACAUUCGCCGCUUUCUGCCUGAGAUUAAGAAGGAAAUCAAUGAAAAGAGGAGGGUGGUGCAAGAUCGCCUUGAAGAACUGGGCAGUGGCAUCCCAGUGGACGAGCAUGCGCGGGUACAGCUGAUGUGGACAAUGGUCACUGACUACUGCGAGAUGUUCAAGAACACCAUUCGUGGGAAGUAUGACCGAAAGCUGCAGCGCUACAUGGCCAACCUGCCAGCGGGUGAUAGCAGUGCCAUGUCCGGAGGCUCCCACCUGCGACAGAUCAUGAAUGAUUUCUUGGCUGACUACGUGGAGAUCCCACUGGCAGCCGAGAUGACGGACGACGACAUUGACCGAGCCAUCCGAAUGCAUGAAGGUGACUCGCUUCCGGGCUUUCCGUCGCCCGACACCUUUGAAUACCUGGCGCUGCCUCACCUGCAGCGUAUUGCCAUCCCGGCAGUGGAGUGUGUGCACAACGUGGCUUCAGCGCUGGAUGUGCUCUCGCAGCGCAUGGCCAACGCCGUCUUCCGGCGCUUUCCGAAGCUGGCCGAGGUGAGUUUAGAGAUGACAGCCAACAUCAUUCAAGAACAGAAAGAGAAGACGCGCGUGGUGGUGGAACAGCAGGUGUCCUGUGCAGUGGGCUACCUCUUCACCAACGACCUGUCCUACCUGACUGAACAUGGCUCCAUGGAACCCAUGUACGAGGAUAAGGAGAAGCCUCCUUCGCCAGAUGGUAAAGCCCAAGGUUCUAAAGAGGAUGCGAACAAAUACCUCUUCACGGAUGAACGGUCCGAGAAGGAUCCAUCUUUCGGUGAGAAGGCAGUUGCAGCGAUGAAGGUGGGAGAUGGCUGUGAUGCGGGGAGCCUUUGGCAUCAGAUUCCUGGCGCCGAAUUUACGGACAGAGAAAACUCGCAUGGGUGCAACAUCUUGGCCGCUGUGGUUCCAAAAGAAAAUCCCAGUGGGCUGCCGAUGGCUGUGCCGCGCGUGCCGCUGCGCGACUACAACCGAGCCAUUGCAAAGAAAGACCGCUGGGCAGAAGGCGUUGCGGAUGUGAUUAGUUUCAAUUCAGCCAUCAACAAUGGCAUGAGCUGGUUGGUGGCACCCCUGCUGUUAGAUAACCUUUCAGUGAAACUGUUGGAAUCAGACAUCAUCACCUACACCAGCUUGCUGACAUCCUUCCAGAAACAACUCCAGUGGCACUUGGCUGCCAGUCUCUUGAUGCAGGCACGGUGCCAUGCGCAGCAGCCCAACGUCAUCACUUACAACGCCACGCUGAGUGGCCUGGGAGACGCCACGGAGUGGCAACGUGCUGCGGUGCUAUUAGACCAACGCCGCGACAUGCCCUCGGGCACAGAUGUGGUGUCCUUCAAUGCUGUGUUGCACAGCUACGAGAAGGCGUCGUGCUGGCAGGAUGCUCUGCUGCUGCUGGAGGCUAUACCCUACCCGGCCACGGCGGUGACCUUCGGCACGGUGAUUAGCGCCUGUGCUGCUGCAUCGCAAUGGCUUGUGGCCUGGCAGUUGCUGUUUUCCGCGGUAGGCCUCGAGACGAACCUCAUCAUGUACAGUGCCCUGAUCACAGCGUGCGGAACGGCGAAGCACUGGCAGAGAGCCGUGGCGCUGUUGUCAGAGGCGCAGCGUCAACGGAUGCAGCUUGACCUGGUGGCCGUCACUGCUGCGGUGAGCGCCGGAGCUGAGGAGUGGCCAGUGGCUCUCGACAUCUUCAGCCGCUUCCAGCACCUUUUCCCCGGCGCCGCCCUGCGCAAUGCCGCGGCGAAGGCGGCCGCGGCGUCGUGGCGGGAGGCGCUGCGCUUGGCAAGCGACGAAGUGAUGGGACGAAAUGUGGUGGUGGCCAUGAGUGGAUGGAUGGAGGCUUUGCAGAUGCUGAAAGAUAUGCAAGGUGCACGCUUGACCGAUGUGAUCAGCUACAACAGUGCCAUGAGUGCCUGCCGUGACGCUUGGGAAUGGUCUGUGUUUUUGCUGGUGCAGCUGCAGGACACGGAUUUGCGUAGCAAUGUCAUCAGCUACAACACUGCAGUGAGCGCGUGCCAGGAGGUGUGGCCCUGGUCCUUGCAGCUUCUCAGCACCAUCCGGCAGCACAGCGCUGCCAGCGUCGUUGCUGGCAACACGGCCAUGGUGGCUAUGACCUGGCGGAGGGCCAUGACGUUGCUGGAGGUGUUGGGCACGGGGGCAGAUCAGAUCAGCUUCAACUCGGCCAUUAGCGCUUGCGAGAAGGCGGUGGUCGAGGCAAAGCGCCGGCGGAAGGGCCUACGGAGGUGCAAUGGCACGGUCGACAUUGGCAACGUCAAAGAUGGAUCCAGCGCCGCCUACAACAAGAUGAACACCAUGUUGGGUCGCGAGGCUCCCAAGGCGGAGAGGAGGGGCCACCGCUACAGUGGGCCUUUCGUUAAGGAAAUCCGCAAACGCUUGGAUUCGUAUCUGGCGAUCACAGUGCGCAACGUGCGGGACGCUAUCCCAAAGGCCAUCGGCUUCUACCUGGUGCGCGCCGCGCAAGACAAGCUGCAGUUCGAGCUUCUGAAUCAGCUGAAUCAGAAGGACAAGAUCUCUGAGUUGUUGGGCGAACCGCCGCACAUCAUGGAAGAACGCAAAAGUUUGAGCUCGCAGUUGGCAGUGCUCACGCGCGCGAGUGCAGUGCUGACGCGUGACCCCACCUUGUCCGCCGUGGCGUUAGAAGCGGAGGAAGACGAAGAACCCAGGUCGGCUCCCAGGUCUGCUCCCAGCCAAGCCAUGCAAGGCCGACAGCCUGCAACCACCAGCACUGCAGCAACACCCUCGACGGUGGAGCGAAAGACAGUGCAGGCCAAACCUGACCCACCCCGUUCCACCGCUCCAGCUGCCACGGCUGCCACUGCCGCUGCCCCCGGGUUGGCGACUUCGGCGCUGUCCUCGGGCCUUGCGGCGGCCGCGGCCAAUCCCUCGGUGCUGUCGGCUGCCGCCUCCGCCGCCGCGGCGAACCCGGGCGCCGUGGCGGCCGCCGCGUCGGCCGUGGCGAACUCGCCUGCGGCGAUGUCGGCCGCCGCGUCGGCGCUGCCGGCGAUGGCCAAGAUGGCGGCAGCUGGCACGCGACCUUCAGGCGCUUCUGGCCUCUUUUCCAAUGCCAUGGCCAAAACAUCGGGACUCUUCGAUGAGACAAAACCGAUUUCAAAGGCGGCAAAGAAUCCCCUCUUCGAUAGUUGA